AAGAAUCUACAAUGGAUAGUGCGAAUGAUGAUGAUUUUGAUCCAUCUGAUAACGACCAAGAAAAAGAUAGUAAUGAUGAUGAAAUAUUAGCCUCAACAUCAACAUCUUCUUCAAAUUUGAAUC